AUAUUUUUAUGAAAGGCGCUGCCUUCGUCGGAGUAGAAUCUCGUCUGACGAUGUAGAAGUUGUUAUUUCCUAGUUACCUAAUUUCCAUCUGAUAUAUGUUCUGAAAUAAUCUAUAAAAACAGCUCAGAUAAGUGAAUUGUACUUUAUAAGAUAACUGUGCGUCGUCUUAAAUAUUAAUAUAAACAUAUAUUUAAAUGGAGAUAAGUGACAACGCAGUUAAUAUUAGACUGUUAUAAUUCAUGUAUUAAACCCCCGAACACGGCAAAUGGCAUCGAGUUCGUUGAGCCAAGAAGAUUUCGAAAACGAGUACGAACUGUCGACUCGUAGAUCCAGAAUCCGUGCCGCCAGGGCCAAUGCCAGGAAUGUCCCUCCAUCGAGGUCGGAACCGACAGGACCCACGGCGGAUGCUGACGACGGACCGGGAGGAUAUCCUGGACAGGCGGACCAUGGGGAUGCUGCGGAUCACGAGGCCUCUCCGAAACCUGCCGUCAGAUCCAAGGAUAAGAGAUGCCCAAGACCCAACCAUGUCAACAAGGGAAAGGCGCAGAGAGAACGAAGGAAACUGAGAGAGAAGAGACGCAGCACGGGCGUCGUGCACCUUCCGUCCACUGAGAGUACCGGAGGAAGCACUGGCGAAGAUGAAGAGGAACUUCUGAUGUCUGCCGAAACAAGACGUAACACCAAUUAUAAUGAGGCACAGGUGGAAAAGGAUCAUUCAGGAGCAUCCGAGAAUAUUGGAAUAGCAAAAACUUUUCCUCAGAGGAUUAAUAAAAGCCCAUCUGAUCUGGACGCAGACGAUGAAGAUAAUCAGGACUAUGACAGUGCUGUGAACCAGUCAGACUCCACCGUGAGUCUGGUGCAGGAACCCGUAGACUCUCCGCGAUCUGUCCAGAAUGGGCGGCCCGAGACUCCCUGCACUGAGAACUUGGAAGAACUGUUGGAGAGAGCUCAAGAAGAAAACCAUCAUCUUUUAAACAUUGUGAAAGAAAAAGAUGACAAAAUUGCCUUUUUAGAACAAAAAAUUAACUCUCUUAACAGAGUAAGUUUUAAUAUUUUUUCAAAAAAUAAACAAACAAAUUUUUAAAUGAAGCUUAAAUCAAAUCAAAUCUUUAUUUGUACUAGGCAAUUGCCUGUUACAACAGUGUGUUAUUGUUAGUAACCAUUUAUAAAUUAACCAGAGAUGGUAAUCUCACAAAAAUAAAAUCAAAUACAAUUAUUUAUAACUCAUUCUGCUUCUUAUCUUGUCAUUAACUGUAACUUUUAAUUAUUGAUAAU